AUGGAUUCUCCGGUCUACAUCAACCCCAGCGCCAAGGAUUGGAUCUACAUAUCAUCCGAAUCCAGCACCGAGUCCAGAAUCCUCGAGUUCCACCAGCUUCUGCCCGAUUACAACGAAACCAAGUUGCAUGCCCUCCCCGAGCUAGCUGCGGAACUUGGACUCGCUCAUGUUCUGCUCAAAGAUGAGUCGAAUCGCUUCGGCCUGCCCGCGUUCAAGAUCCUAGGCGCAUCAUGGUGUGUCUACCGUGUCGUCGGCGAUGCACUUGGCAUCGACGUGGUUUAUAAUAAACCGUCUAUCGAAGAUCUGGGCUCUGCGGCAACGGAUGCAGGUGUCUCCAUUGUGACGGCCACGGAGGGGAAUUGCGGACGUGCAGUGUCACGAAUGGCCAAGUAUCUCGGCAUUCCAGUCCGUGUCUUCGUACCAAGUUAUAUGGACCGGCAGACACGGAACAAGAUUCGCAGCGAGGGAGCAGAGGUGAUUGAAGUUCAAGGGAGUUACGACGACACGAUCCCGGUGAUAAGGAAGGAGGCAGAACAGGAGAAAGUGCUUUUGGUCUUGGAUGUUGGACUUGAAGGGUUCGAGGAUGUGCCAAAGUACUUUGUCGAAGGCUACGGCACCAUGCUUGCCGAAUCAGAUCGCCAAGUUCUCGAAGCGACGGGUGGAAAAUCCGCCACGCACGCUAUCGUCCCGUGCGGCGCGGGUUCUAUUGCACAGGCCGUCACCGAACAUUUCAAGGGCGCCCAGAGAAGAAGCAAGUUGGGGCCUGCAUCUAUCAUUGCAGUGGAGGCCGACACUGCAGCUUCCUUGAAAGCCUCGCUUCAAGCUGGUCGAUCAAUAAGUAUAGUCACAAAAGACACUAUCAUGUGCGGUAUGAACUGCGGGACAUUGUCAACGCUUGCCUGGCCGAUUCUCAAGGACGGCGUACAUGCCAGCGUGGUGGUGACAGAUCAAGAGUCCCAUGCUGCUGUUGUGCUCUUGCAAAAUAAAGGGGUUAUGGCAGGUCCUUGCGGAGCGGCCAGUGUUGCAGCGUUGAAGAGAGUUUGCGCGGAAUAUAGGGAUAUUCUAGGGCUCGGUACUGAAUCAAUCGCCGUGCUUUACUGCACCGAGGGGCCCAGAGCGUAUACUGUCCCAUUUGAAGUCCAGGGGCGAGACGUAAUGAUGAUCCACGAAUGA